AAACGAUUUACAGCAACCUACAGCAAAUUAAGUAAAGAUAUUUCAUUGGCCGAAGGGUUUAAGCGUGUGAGUGUGUGUUGUGGAAAAUAAAAAAUGAUUUACGUGUCUCUUUCCAUUUACUUUCACAUAAAAAACAGGCGGUUUUAAAAUGCAAGAGCUAACCUACAUUAGAGCUAAAAGAGAAAAGACAAUCUUGUUUUUAUGCAUUGACCUGAAGGACACAGUUGAUCAAUUAAAAACUAAAUUAUGCCAAGCACUCGACAAUAAGAAGUCUAGCGACGAUAUUAGAAUAUUAGUUGACGGCAAAAGAGAAGGAGAAUAUAAAGUCUUAGAAGAUGUGAAGUUCUUAGAUAAUAGCGAUAUUGUUUACUUUGUCUAUCUUCAAGGAAAUGGUCAGUGGGAACCUAUAAAUGUGAUUGAACCAGAGCCUGCAGAUGAAGAUGAAAUAGAAGAGGAAGAGCCACAAGUGAUCAAAAAAGAGAAGGGAAAAGGCAGAGCUUGAAUUAUUGAUUGUCACAAAAUAAAAAUAAAAGAAUAGGCACUAAAAAAAAAAC